AUGAGCACCGAUCAGAUCACACAGGGUGUGGCCAACACCUCGCUUGAGGCGUCCAAGGCUGCGGCUACCGAGCAGAAGGUGACGCCCUGGGACGUCGAAGGCGCCACCGUCGACGGUCAGCAGGUGGCCAUCGACUACGACAAGCUCGUCAAGGAGUUUGGCACGCGCAAGAUCGACGAGGCGCUGCUCGAGCGCUUCGAAAAGCUCACUGGCUGGAAGCCACAUCCGCUGCUGCGCCGCGGCAGCUUCUUUUCGCACCGCGAGCUCGACAAGAUCCUCGACCGCUACGAGCAGGGCAAGCCGUUCUACCUCUACACCGGCCGUGGCCCCAGUUCGGACUCGAUGCACCUCGGUCAUCUCAUCCCCUUCCUCUUCACAAAGUGGCUUCAGGAUGUGUUCGACUGCCCCUUGGUGAUCCAGCUGACGGACGAUGAAAAGUUCCUCUUCAAGGCCAACCUCAAGAUCGAGCAGGUCAAGGACUUUGCCUUCAAGAAUGCGCGUGACAUCAUCGCGUGCGGCUUCAAGCUCGAAAAGACGUUCAUCUUCUCCAAUCUCGACUUUGUCGGCGGUGCGUUCUACGCCAACAUUGUGCGCAUCUCGCGCAUGAUCACCAUCAACCAGUCCAAGGGCACCUUUGGCUUCACCGACAGCGACAGCGUGGGCAAGGCGCACUUUGUCUCGAUCCAGGCCGCACCCUCCUUCUCCAACUCGUUCCCGCAGAUCUUUGGCGAGAAGCACGACAUCCCCUGCCUGAUCCCGUGCGCCAUCGACCAGGACCCCUACUUCCGCCAGACGCGCGACGUGGCCUCGCGACUCAAAUACCCCAAGCCGUGCCUGAUCCACUCCAAGUUCUUCCCGGCGCUUCAGGGCAGCCAGACCAAGAUGAGCGCGUCGGCGGAGAACAGCAGCAUCUUUAUGCACGACACGCCCAACCAGAUCAAGAACAAGAUCAACAAGCACGCCUUCUCCGGUGGCCAGGAGACGGCCGAGGAGCAGCGCAGGCUCGGCGGCAACCCGGACGUCGACGUGGCCUACCAGUACCUCACCUUCUUCCUCGACGACGAUGCGGAGAUCGAGAGGAUCGCAACCGACUACCGCUCGGGCGCCAUGCUGACGGGCGAGCUCAAGCAAAAGUGCAUCGCCGUGCUGCAAAAGGUGGUCAGCAACUUCCAGCAGAAGAAGGCGGCGGUCUCGGACGAGCUGGUGCGCGAAUUCAUGAACAAGAACAGGUCCAUCGACCCCACCAUGCCGCCCGCAGGCUCCACGGCCAAGAACCAGGCGGAGCUCGCCAAGGACACUACCGUCGCUACCGCCUAG